AUGGCCGUCCCAGCAGUGCGCGAUUCACUCAUCUCUAGGAAUCAUCGCCAAGGCACAGUUCACAUCACCAUGUCGGACGCGGUCACUAUUCGUACUCGCAAAUUCCUGCGCAACCCUCUGCUUAACCGUUCGCAGUUUGUUAUCGACGUUAUCCACCCCACCCGUGCUAACGUCUCCAAGGACGAGCUCCGUGAGAAGCUGGCCAAGAUCUACAAGGCCGAGAAGGACGCUGUCUCCGUCUUUGGCUUCAAGACCCAGUACGGUGGUGGCAAGUCUACCGGCUUUGGUCUCGUCUACGACUCUGCCGACUCUCUGAAGAAGUUUGAGCCCCGCUACCGGCUGGUCCGCUACGGCCUUGCCGAGAAGAUUGACAAGGUUUCCAAGCAGCAGCGCGCCCAGAAGAAGAACCGUGGUAAGAAGAUCUUCGGUACUGGCCGUCGCCAGGCUAAGCGCCAGCGCGGCGACUAA